UAAGCACUGCGUAAAGCCACCGUGCAUUUCACUCGUUGGCACAUAUCUGGAAGAGACGCAUCUAAGUUGGCAGCUGCAAAAACUACUAUGAAGGGGAUAAUCCUACUUUGCUCGGUCUUUCUCAUGGUGGCGUUGGGAAGCGCCCAGUACGUUCGUCAGCAACUCCGCAUUGUUCCAUCGCGAGUGGACACCACAGGUAACGCUGGCGGACCGCAGACCUCAUACGAACCAGAGAACGAGAGGGUGAACGGACGCAACGACACAGAGACCGAUAACGAAAUGUCUGAACUCAAAGAUGAAGGAGGAAAAGAGGUCGAAGAAAACGAAGCAAUGGAGCUGAGAAUGGAAAUGGCAGCAAUAAAGAAACUUGGUCUUACCAUGGAUCCAAGAGAGCUGCAGAGGGAGUUGAUGGAGGAAGGCCAGGAAUCCAGAGACACCAAUGCUGGUCUUGGACCUGCAUACCCAUAGAAUCCCUCCUGAACACCUUAUCUAGUGGGGUGCCUCCCACUGAAUUUUAACAAACCGAAACUUUUCUUUGACUCUAAAUUAAGUUUUUUUUUUGUAGUUUGCAAUUCAUGUUUUUUUUCAAAAUUGACAGAACAAAAAAGAGUUCAAACAAUAAAGAGUUCAA